CCAUCGUCAUUGCCCCACAUUCACGAUAAAAAGCAAGGCAACACAAAAACAAAAAAACUAGCAUCAUGCACCACAAAACACCUUCCACAAUAUUUUCGAAUGCCACACUGUUUCGAGAAAUUCAACCCCGCAAGUGCCAAUCGGCCAAGAAAACUCCUGACGUGCGGGUGUAUUACGCCAAUUUCGCGCGAAUUCAAAAAUAGCCAAAAGGAAAAUAAAAAGCAAAAAAAAGGCAAAAAGAAAAACACCCUCUUCUGAUAGUGUACACAAAGUUUUAUAGCGAAAUAGUGAGUCCAAAAAUAAAAAGAAAAAUUAAGAAAAUCUUCUGCUUCCAUAAAAAUAAUUCAAAAAACGACAAAGUCGCAAUCGCCAAUCCACCCCUUCAAAGGAAAAGUCAAAAUUUUGUACAAAUAAAUAACAAUCAGAGGUUGGAAAAAAUGGGAGCAGGAAAAUGUAACCAGUGAUGGUGUGUUUUUCGAUCUCAUUUCCCGUCAACCGUCAUUCGUUUGCCACCCCUUGCCUUCGGGAAGUGUGUCGUUGUUGUUCUCGUCUUGGUCUUGGUCUUCGUCUUAGUUCACGUCUACGUCCAACAGCCCCAUCAACCACCCCCUUUUUGUAAUUAGCUCUCCUGCUGUGUGCGCUGCAGUGGAGUUAUCGUGUGCUAACGGUUUUUGUUCUUGGCCGAAUCUAAAACAGUACCGCCGACUGCGUGCGAGAGUUUUUCGAACGAGUUUUUCUCGUGACCGUAAUUUUUCCCUUUGAAGUUUUCUGGUCAUUUUAUAAUUUAAUAUUUUUGUUUUAAAUUAUUUAUAAAGCGAUUCUCGGAAGAGGAAAAAACGGUUUAUUGAUUUUAGGCACGUCGUUCGUCGUCGUCGUCGUUUGAGGGUGUGCUUCGUGCUUGCCAUGGACCAUAGGAAUUAGGUCUUUCUUGGCAGCAGCUGUUGCCUUCAUAUAAAUACCCCAGAGCUGAAUCAGCUAGGAAGUAAUAGGAGCUGCAUGAAAUGUAAAUUACGAAAUUAACUCCUCUACUGAAAAAUCACGGUCCCGCUUUGACAUCGGGACAAUUGAAGACACAUAUGUUGAUGCAACGAGUAGGCCAUACAGAAUUAAUUCCAAACGCGUCAUGACACCACCGCAGUGGGACAGCCAACACGACACCACAGCAGUAGCAGUAGCAGCAGCAACGGGAAGAAAAGAACAACUGUGCGAUUUGGCGAAAUGGUUCUAAGCACGGAAUGGUCACAAGUUGAGGUUAUUGAUCUCGUUAACGAUGGCAAUGGUUUGGGUUUUAUUUUGGUCGGAGGCCGGAGUACGGGCGUGGUAAUUAAGGGGCUAAUACCGGGCGGUGUGGCCGAACGUGACGGUCGAUUGCAGUGCGGUGAUCACGUGCUGCAAAUUGGUGAAGUGAAUUUGCGUGGUUUUAGUUCCGAGCAAGUAGCAACGGUUCUUCGUCAGACUGGAGCUCAGGUUCGAUUGAUUGUGGCACGUCCAGUUGAGCCAACGGCCACUGACUACCAAGCAUUGGCCAGUCAUGCUCCAAUUAUUCCAACUAAGCUCCUCUCCGACCCGGAAGAACUGUCACGACAUUUGUAUCAGAAUCCGCAGUUUGCUAUUGCUGGUGCUUCUGCUGCAGCAAAUAAUUGCACUGCUGCUGCUGCUGCUAGUGCUGCCGAUAUAAGCGCAUUAAGUAUGGUUGGCGGCUUUAAGAUGCCAAUACCGGACACUGAGUUGGCCGACUUGCCGUUGCCAUUGCCGCCAAUACCGACGGACUUGCAGCAUAACACACGUGCCUGCCUAAAGCAUUUGGACAUCGUGCCGUUUGCAGCGCCAUCAAUGUGCCAGAGACAGCAGCUGUCAUCGGGGUGCAGCGAUACGGAUCGCAUAGAGACGUUGUUUUCAACGCCUGGAAUUGUGACGGUGAUCAGUAAUGCGUCACCGGUAACACCACUGAGUUUCAUCGACUCACCCGAGACCGAGACGUACGAGGUGGAGCUGCGGAAAAACGUUUACGGACUGGGUAUCACAGUGGCGGGAUAUGUGUGCGAAGAGGAGGAUCUCUCCGGAAUCUUCGUCAAGAGCAUCAUUGAAGGCAGUGCCGCUGAAAUGAGCGGGAAAAUUCAAAUCAACGAUCGCAUUGUUGCAGUUGAUGGAAAGACUCUGGCUGGUGUAACCAAUCACCAGGCCGUGGAACUUCUGCGAAACACCGAUAUAAUUGUGCAUUUAACGCUGGAACGAUUCCUGCGUGGUAGAAAGUUCGAACACCUUCAAGUCGCCUUAACUGAACUCAAGAGUGAUACUCAGUCGCAGAUUUCUCUGCCCGCAUCACCUUCAAUAGCCACACUGUCAUGGGUGCCGCCGAAAUCCGAUGCGGACUCUUUGGCGACAGAGGACUGCCUUUGUGCGCCCGCCAUUGAUGGCGGUGACAUGAUGCCAUCACGCGACACUGUCGACUCUAACAUGUCCUUGGUGUUGGAUCGCAGUAGUAGUUGUAGUGAUUCACACGAUGAGCAUGACCUAAAUAACGGUGAUGGUGAGGCUAAGGGCAGCCAGCCAGUGCCAGUGAUUAGCAACGGUAGUGUGACUACGGUAGCGACAACGCCGACAACAGCCCUCUUCAAUAAGCAAUUGAACGGCAGCAGUAGCGUGAGUGAGAAGAUGAACGGAGGCGUCCAGACACCUAGUCCACGUUCGACGCACUCACCUCCGCAAAAAACGACGACGCCCCAAUCCGCACAGAAUACGCCCACGCCUACUCCCACCGUCGAAAGCGUGGACUCGCUGCAGAUUGCAGCCUGGAAAAGUGAGUGUCCUGAGAGCGAAAUAAUAGUUGCCGAAAUAAAUAAACUUUCAGGUUUAGGAAUCAGCCUCGAGGGAACCGUCGACGUAGAGGGAGGCAUCGAAAAACGGCCCCAUCACUACAUCCGAUCGAUUCUCGAGGACGGCCCGGUGGGGAAGCAGGGCAUUCUGCGACCGGGUGACGAACUGCUGCAGGUUAACGAACACAAGUUGCAGGGCUUGAAGCACAUAGAAGUGGUGAAGAUUCUGAAAGAAUUGCCAACACAAGUGCGUCUAAUAUGCGCUCGUGGACCAACAGCACCAUCUGUGAUCAAUACAUCUCAGAAUCCCGAAGCAUUCGAGACGAGAAGCCUACUGCCAGGCGGCCAUCAAUCACUACAGAACCUCCUAACGAAAGCACAGUCAGAGAGUUCGCUGUAUACCUCGAGUACGGCAACCCUCACCGAUCAGCAACGCUCCAAAUCCGUUGAAAAUGUAUCAGGAUUGGCUCUCUGGAGUACAGACGUUACGUACAUAGACAUCGAAAAGACUGAACGCGGUUUUGGUUUCUCCGUUCUUGACUAUCAGGAUCCACUGGAUGCCGAGGGAACAGUUAUUGUAAUACGUGGUCUUAUACCAGGUGGAUCGGCAGAGGCCACCAAUGAGAUAUUCCCUGGCGAUCGAUUGGUUAGUGUUGCCGAUGCAAGUCUACACGGAUUGUCGCUGGACGAAGCCGUUGCAAUACUCAAGGGAAUGCCCAAUGGAAUUACACGAAUUGGAAUAUGCCGACCACUGUCAACUUCCGAUAGCAAUAUUGCCUCACCAGGCGAUGAGUCACCAAGUACGUAGUCUUUAAUGGAAUAUGCUUCUUUUCAAUAUGUUAACAAUAUUACAUCAUCAAAAGCAUACGCAAACGAUUGGACCCAAAAUGUAACGAAGAGAAAUUAUUUUGAACAACAAUAUUUACAUCAACGUCGUUCACAAUCACCAACUAAAACAACAAAUGAAAAAAGCAUAAGAACAAACAACUUUAGUCAUAAAAGUAAUUACUAUAUAUAUUUUUUCUAACAUAAACAAAACAAAAACACAAACAUUUUAUUUAAAGUUUUAAUUUUCUAUUUUUCAAAAAAAAAAAGCUUUAGCACAGACAAGAAAAUAAAACAAAAACCUUAAAAAUAUUUAAAUAAAUGAAAAUAUUUAUAAGAAAACGCUGAAUUAACAAAUUUUUCAUUAAUAAUGCAGCUGGUUAUAGAGAAAAUUUAUUAAUAAUGAAUUUAUUUGCUGAGCAUUUAAAAAAAAGUAACGAACGCAUACUCAUUAAUUGUUAAAUUUAAAUUUAAAAAAAAAGCUAAUUGUAAAUAAAAUAAAUUAAAUUUUAAAACAAGUUAAACAAAAUUAACUUUAAUACAAAAAUAUUAAUAAAGACAAAUUAAAAUUAAAUUUAAAACAAAAAUGUUAAAAAAUCCUCAAGUAUUCUUCAGACUUGUGUUGUUAUUUUUGAACACAGGGUGAUCCAUUUUCAUUGACAUUCUCUUGUUUUCUGGUUAAGAGCUUUGAUUUCACCUAAGUUCUUACAUAAGAAACGCUAUUUUUUACUAAAACGAUAUUAAUUUAGUUAAAAAUACAAAAAUGUACUUAUAUUUGUGGGUAUUUGUGAACAUCUUAAUAAUUUAUACUCCUUAAAGUAACUUUAAGCUAUUUCAUAAGUCUAGGAAAGUCUAUAAGUCACCUUAAACUAUUUCCCCACUCAAAUAAUUUGUCUGUAAAACAAAUAAAAUGCAUUUGCUAAAUUAAUAAAAAGUCGUUGGACAAUUUUCUAAAACACAAUAUUUAAUUUCUUUCCCAACCAACUUCAAGAAACCCAGCAGCGAAAAAGUUUUGAAGGGUCCACUUUUGCACAUAAUUGUAAAAUCUCAUACUGGACACAAUUUUCUUAGAAGAAGUUCCAAAAGAGUUAAAUUAUAUAAGGUGUUUUUAAUCUGGCAAUACUUUU